AUGGAGAUCUCAGAUAGUACCGUGCAGAAGAUCCAGAAAUUCGAGCACAACCGUCAAGCCGCGGAGAAAGAGUCCUCGAAUGAGCCUCUUAGCGCAACGGCCCUGCAUGCCUAUGCGCGACGUCUAGAUGGAACAUUACAGCAACUUCAAGAGCAGCUCCGAGAGAUUCGUUCACAUGGCUUGCAGGAUACUGAUAGUGAUCCCUGGUCUCGCGUCUCUCAGGCGCGACUUGCAAAGCGAGCGUACAACUCAUUGCUACAGACACAAGAUGAAUUGCCAUCAACAGAAUCUGUCCUACCUUCACUAAUAGCUAUCGAAGAAACCUCCCAUCUUAUUAAGGAGGGUAAACUGUCAGUCUCUGCGAUUGCUGAAAAGCUAUCUACGGACCGUGACCGCCUGAGAGUGGAGGAAGCCAAUUUGCGCGAAUCUCGUGUAUUAGCGAGCGGGCUUCGCGAAAGAAUACAAAGGAUUCGCACUCUCAAUGCUCGAAAACAAGAGCAGACGCCAUCGCAAGUGGCCCAGGAAGUGGUCCGAGAACAAAAGAAAAAAACCAAGGGGCUGGAUCGCUCAUCUGUAGACCUCAAGGACGCUCUGGAUAAAUUCAUUGACCAUACCUUGGCUCCGAUGCUUGCUGCGGAGGAUCUUGGUGGUCCAACGGUGGGAGAUGCACUUGAGGUCUCAGACGCAACCCUUCAGGCUGGCUAUACGGCCCAUGGUAAGCCGAAGAAGAAGGAGCCAAAAGAACAAGAAGACGCCGGCCAGCAACGGAUUGACCAAUUCCUGCGUCGCAAGACAGAUGGACCCAGUCCUGCGAACAGACGAGAAACGGCGGCGGCCGAGGUGCAUGAUCUACUGAAUGCUUUGCUAGAGGCCGGGACCUCGUAUGUGGACCUUGAACGCGACUCUGCAGCAUCACGGUUUCUUGUACGAGCUAAGGUCGCCCAAUUCCACCCACGAGAUGCCCGGCGUUUACGACUUAUUGAUUUUGGUCGCUCACUCGGAUAG